AUGCACUUCUCCAGGAGCAUCAGCCUUAUGGCUGCCCUGCUUGCGCUCACACAGCUGGCGCAAGCUGCACAGGUCGCCGUCACCCAGAUCUCGUGCAACUACCUCUACUUCACCCUCAGCCUCACCGCCGCCGAAGCGCGCGAUGCCGUCUACCUUGGCGUCUACAUCGACGACAACAUGAUCUCCGAGAUCCAAUUCAACUCGGCCUACGCCAACACCAACACCUACCAGUGGUAUGCCCCCUUCUUCCAGGGCUCCGGUCCCACCACUUCCGGCACUCAGGACGUCACCUUCCGUCUGCUCGACACAAACGAGGAGCCCAUCACCGCCUACCCACGCAUCACUCAGCCGCUCGCCUUCCAGUGCGGCACCACCCUCACCACCUCCACCACCGCCCUCGGCACCGCCACCUCCUCCUCGCCCCGCGCUUCCAACACCAACGGCGGCGGUUCCUCCGGCAACGCCAGCAACGGCAGCUCCAGCUCCGGCUCCUCCUCGUCCACAGGUGCCAUCGCUGGUGGUGUUGCAGGUGGCGUGGCUGCCCUCGUCAUCCUCGGCCUCAUCGCCUUCUGCCUCAUGCGCAAGAAGAAGAAGCAGAACCAGCAGCAGAGCCGCCUUCGCAACGACGAAGCAGACGAGGCCGCCUUCCGUGCUCCCAACAACGACUCCACCACCUCGCUUGCUACGGCCCCAGAGACCGCCAACACUCCCAUGAUGCGCGACAUCUCGACCAAAAACGUCUUUGCCGACCCUUCCACCUCGGCCUUCUCGGGCGCUCCCUCGGGCACCUCCACCCAGUACUCGGCGCUCAAUAAUAACGCCGCCUCCACCUCCAACGCCGGCGCCGGUGCCGGUGCCGGUGCCGCAGGCGCCGCUGCAGCUGCUGGCGGCAUCGGUGCUGCUGCCAUCGCCGCCCGCAAGCAGUCGCGCGAAAACACUCGCGCCCGCUCGCCCAGCCACGCCUCGGACCGUCGUCCCUCGUCGGAAUUCUCCAAGGACAAUUCUGCAAGCCCUUCGUCCCAGGCGCCUCCGCCCGUCCCUGCGCUGCCCACCCCCAUGCCUGCCGCUGCCUCACCCAAGCAGAACACAAUGGCGGCCGUGCCUCCUGCCAACCCCUCCGCUUCCGCCGCCGCUUCUCACCCACCUUACCCAGCCUCGAGCCCAGCGACGGCCAACAAGGAUGCAUCGGUCGCCCCUCUCGCAGCCGGAGGCGCAGCAGCAGCAGCAGCCACCACAGCUGCCGCCGCCGCCGCCGCAAGCAACAAGGACACCAAGGACAAGUCGAGCAAGUGGGGCUUUAAGCGCGCCUCCAAGGACACGAGCUCCAAUAAGCUGCCAUACCCGCCUGCCGUGCCCGAGUCGAGCGCACUUGCCCCUUCGGUCGAGACACCCUCGGCGUCAAGCAACUCGUCCUCGUCCAAUAAGUCGGCCGAGGUGCCGGUCCCCGCUUCGCCCUCACGAUCGUUCAAGGUGAUCCCCAAGCCCGCCGCUGCACCCGUUGCAUCCACCGCCGGCCCGAGCAGCGCCUCGAUCGCGCCGAGCGAGAACAGCUUGAAUCGCACGCCCGUCUUCCCGCCGCGCUCGGGACCCGCGACGCCGGCCGGUUCGAUCCGCGGCACCAACUACUCGCGUGCUCCAUCGGUCGCCUCGAUGACCGCUGGGUUUGCCGAUGCGCCGCCCAUGCCUUCGGGUGCGUCCGUGUCGUCGGCGCCCGUGAGCGAGUUUGGCGGCAACAUGGCUGGCGUGGGUGCCGGCCGUUCGUUUGCCGCUUCGUCGGGCAACUCGACAAAGUGGCACCAGCAGAGCUACAACAUCAUGCCCAACUUCAGCCACCGCGCAUUGGCGCGCUCGACGCAGCUCGACGAGGACCUCAUCUUUGGCCACCUCGGCAUGGGCCUCACCCCGCCCCCGGGUCCUGCGGGCAACGGCAGCGAGACCGGCAGCUCCAAGAGCCGCACCGAUCCGUUUGGUGACCGUUGA